CCACCUCCACUUUUCUUUUCGCCACAUCGUUGGCCGCAUUCCGAGCGACGGCCGUGGAAACGAGUCGACGCAGGAGUGGAACAUGUACGAACCAUGAGAGGACGCUUGCUCUACAGACAGGAGCGUCACUGUCGCAGGGGACUAUAGAAGGAAGACGAAGAGGAGGAGAAGGGACGAAGGGCCAGCUCGCACUAAGAGAGCGCAUCUUCUGUGAUUUAUUUGAGGGGCGCGGGGGAUUCUCUCUCCAAGUGCGUGGGGAAGACGAGCUGCGACAUUUGGUUGUUUUCCGAAUAGGAACGCGUCGGAAUCACCCGGCGUGGCCGUAGAUCGACAUGUGAAGGAUUUUAUCGACGUUUCACUUCUUUUUGGGGGGGAGGGGAGGAGGGGGGUGGACAGGACGCUAUAUGACGUCUGAUUUUUAAAAAUAGGACGUUCCACCAUAUUAAAGCUCGCUGCUUAUUAGUAAAUAUUGAAAUUUAUUGCUCUCGCGCUUUCUGGAACCCUCGAGAGUUUUCUAGGAAUAAAAGGGGUCUUUUUUUUUUUUUUUGAACAAUUUUUAAGCUACUGCUGAACCUCUUACGUAAAUGUGUGAGAGUGCCUCGGUUGUCCUUUGAAUCGCGCCCCUUCACACCUUAUCCUCUCCUAUGCACACGUAGACUCACCUGACCAUACACAUCAUGCAUACAAAAUAGGACAAACACACAUCACCCCUACUCCACCUCCAUCACCACCGCCACCAACUGAUGAAUCCGCGCUAUAUAGGUGGACGUGGCACGGACCCAGCUGUAGCAUCCUCCUCCUCAUCCUCCUCCCCCUCCUCCUCCACCUCCUCCUCACCACUAGAGCCGCCACUAUCUUCCCCGUUCUUUUCCUCGCCAGCAUGUCCUCAUCGUCGCGCAAGAUCUCCUCGGAGUCUUUCAGCAGCUCGGUGGGUUCCGAUUGCGGGCUCGAAAGCCCCGGGGGAGACGGAGGAGACGGCGGGCUGGAGGCGGCCGAGGAGCUCCGAGGAUGUCCCUUCUCCUCCAUCCACAGACCGCUCCUCUGGAACGGCCGCAGCCCCGCCGAAAGGCUCGCAUGCCCGGCGGGUGAGGAGCAGCCAGCAGUCGGCGGGCCACACAAGAGGGUGACUCGGAGAAGAAGGGUGAACCUGGAUUCGCUCGGCGAGAGCCUGAGGCGGCUAACAUCACCCACGACACAGACUGUUCAAGAGGCUCUGCAAAGGACUCUGAAGUUUUACAGGCAACAAGAGAUCAGGUAUCAAGAUUCUGGUAAGGAGGACCAGCAAAGGGAAAGUAAAGACGAGAAGUGCCCAUUUCUAGAAAAUUCUGGUUCAGAAGAGGACGUCCUUCAAAUCCUACAUUACAUGGCCACCAUCCUUGACAACCGAUCCUGGUUUUGUGUCUUCUCGCUCUCAGGAGUACCAUUCUUUGAACUGCGCGAGCAUUUUGGCGAGGAGUUCUUCGGCCUGUGCUUUGAAGAAAACGAACGCGUGCUCAGGGCCGUAGGUGGCAACCUCCAGGACUUUUUUAACGGUUUUGAUGCCAUUUUGGAACACAUUCGCACCUCCACGGGUCGCCGUGCCUCGUCGGAAAGCCCCUCGUUUCAGUGCAAAGAUCCUCACGAGGAGGUGAAGGGUCGAGUAAAAUUGGACAAAGCCGGGGAGCGAGGAGCACAAGAUGGCUGCCGGAAGUUGUUGCUCCUACAUUGUUUUAACCCGGCCCCUGUGGUGAGCUUGAUCAUGCCUGGGCUUAUCAGAGCGGUUUCCAGACGGAUUUUUCAUUUUGAAGCGAAGGUCGAUGAAGUGUCCCCUCUGACUCCUUUAUUGCCCAAAGAAGAAGCGCAUCACAGCAAUGGUGAUUCCGCCACACCAACUCCGACUGCAUCCCCGUCUGGCUCUCCCUCCUCCUCUCCCUCUCCACCUUCAACUUUUCCAACCACUGCUCCCACGGUUUGCGUGUCCUUCCAAAUUCAGGAAACUGGUCCUUCCCACUCCCUCCCAAAUGCCAAGAAAGCCCCCAUUUCUCUUUCAACAAGCCCCAGUGAUUUACGCAUCGGCCUGGCCACGUUUUGCCGUGCCUUUCCGUUCCACCUUGUUCUCGGCCCUCGGAUGGAACUUUUGCAGCUGGGUGAGGGAUUGCGACGGCAGGCUCGCAUCGAGCCUCAUCGGAGUCUCUCCUUCAGGGACUGUUUUGAGAUCAUCUCACCCAGGAUGGAGCCUUCGUUCCAGGGGAUCCUACUGAGGCUUGCGUCUCCUUUUACUAUCCGUACAAGGCCAGAUACCACACAACUAGGAACCAAGGAAAAGGUCAUGGAGCUCAAGGGUCAGAUGAUCCAUGUGCCAGAGUCGUGCUCUUUGAUGUUCCUGGGCUCACCACGUGUUGACAAAUUGGAGGAGCUCAUGGGCCGGGGCCUCUACUUGUCAGAUAUCCCAAUCCACGAUGCCAAGCGGGACGUCAUCUUGGUGGGGGAGCAGGCCAAAGCUCAGGAUGGCCUCAAAAAGAGGAUGGACAAACUCAAGGCCACAUUAGAGCGCACUCACCAGGCAUUGGAGGAGGAAAAGAGAAGAACCGUGGAUCUCCUCGAUUCCAUAUUUCCAGGCGAUGUGGCGCAGAAACUGUGGCAAGGUCAACCGGUGCCCGCUCGCAAAUUCGAUGACGUCACCAUGCUGUUUUCCGACAUCGUGGGCUUCACCGCUGUGUGCGCACAGUGCACGCCAAUGCAGGUCAUCUCCAUGCUCAACGAGCUGUACACUCGCUUUGACUACCAGUGUGGGAUUCUCGAUGUUUAUAAGAUAGAGACCAUAGGUGAUGCAUAUUGCGUGGCAGGAGGUCUUCACAAGAAGGUCGACAGUCAUGCAAAGCCCAUCGCACACAUGGCUCUGAAGAUGAUGGAGCUUUCCGAAGAAGUGCUCACACCUGAUGGAAAGCCUAUUAAGCUGAGAAUUGGCAUCCACACAGGCUCCGUCCUGGCUGGUGUGGUUGGAGUUAAAAUGCCGAGGUAUUGCCUAUUUGGGAACAAUGUGACCCUGGCUAGCAAAUUUGAAUCAGGGAGUCAUCCAAGGUGUAUAAAUGUCAGCCCUACAACCUACCAGCUGCUUAAAGAUGACCGAUCAUUUUCCUUCAUCCCUCGUUCGCACCUGGAGCUCCCUGAGAAUUUCCCCAAAGAGAUCCCAGGAACCUGUUAUUUCCUGGAGGCGGGAACGUCUCACAGCCAUGCAUCAUUGACCAGCUCUCGCUCCGCUCCCCCGGCCUCUAUGAGGAAAGUCUCCUACAGCAUCGGGACCAUGUUUCUAAGAGAAACCAGUUUGUAGGUAUCAUAAAGGAUGCGGGAGACCAGAAUCGAACCCGUGCAGCUGACAGGACGCCCAAUAACACACAUUGUGGAUAUGCAAAUGACAACCUGGGCUCAGUGCUGCGGGAUGGAAGAACAUACAAGAAAUGAUUUUUGUCGCAGAUGAAUCCUACUUUGGAUCAUUUAGUGGAGAAAAAUGAGGGUGUUUAGCUUCUGAGCCACUCAUGACAUAGAGCUCUCCUCAGCAGUCUUUUGUGUCACACGAAGAACUUUUACACAACACACACCUCCUUCCAUCCCUUCCAAAUGACCGAAUUCAUGUCCUACGUUCCAUUAAUAUUGUGCAUUACAACGGCAACCCCCCCCCACCUCCGAGGAACAGUUGUGGCAGACGAGAGACAGACAAAAAGCAACGAGGGGAUAGUUCUGAGAAAAAAAAAAAAAAAGCUGAUAAUAGGAAAAAUAACAAUGCCAAAAAAUGCUAGAACUAGAGCCUUUUUCUGCUUCUAACUCACAGCAAACUGCAAUCUACAACAAUCCAGCCAUUUCAUUGCAGGUAAUAUGUUCAAAAGUGUCAGUUUGAAAGUAAUUCUCAGCUCAGUGCCUUUUCUGCUCAAAUCAGGACUACAACAACAAAAAAGUAUAAAAAAAAAAACAUGCAGGAUGGAUUAAUUUCAAAUAUCUGAGGGGGGGAAAGCCGCACAUUGACGCACUUGUCCUCAACUUUUUUUUCCCCCUUGACAUUUUGGUGUUUCCACCCUCUCUUCUCCAAUAAAGAUUCUGAAAUAUGAGAGCCCUCGAGUGAGCCACAACACCAAUGAAGGCACCGAAUAGUGGCGGCAAUUCAUUUGAGUGAUGAGAGGAGAGAAAUAAAAUAUCAAAACAAUAAAGUGCACUUCAUAGGUUCCAAAUAUUUCAAAUUGCAUUUAUUUAUAACGUCUGGUUGUACCAAUCAUACACAUGAUGCAGUUUAGCGCAUAUACAGUACACAUAGCAUAUGCAACACAUUUGCAGAAAUUGUUUUUAUUUACCUGAUUAGGAUUCUACUCUUUGCUAUUCAUUUUCCUGCUACAUACUUGAAAUCUCAGGCCUUCCAAAUGAGUCAGUGUAGCUCACUAACAGAUACUUAAUUGAAAUAAUUUUAGAUGCUCAAUCUUUUGUUAAGUGUAUUUUUGAUGACAUUAUUAUUGGUUGUUUAACAUGGAUAUGUAACACUGGUGAACUCAAUGCAUAUUUGGAUUUUCUUUUUGAAUAGUCGGCCUUAUACUCCAGGUACUCGCAUCAUAGUCAAAUUGAUGAUUGGAAAUUCUGCCUAAUGUGUGGUUAGAGUAAAUGAUUCACACUUGACAUCCAUUCUAAAUCUUCUCUAAAAAAUAGACAGCUACUCAUGUCUUUCGAUAUUCUACAUCGAGAAUGUUGGUCCGCUUUGCUUUGUCUUACUCAUCUUGGGCUGUUUCUUUAAAUUGCAGUCUGCAUAUUGUGCCGCAGAUGCACACAGGCAAUAAACAUCAACAACUCGACUGGAGACGUUGGGUCAAGUCAAGAAGGUAUGGUAGCCAACUGUAACCAAAAAUCUUUUCAACAGUUAAAACAAAAUCACAAUUGAAUUGGUUGCAAAAUUCAUGAUAAAAAAAAUUGUUUCUUGAGUUUUAAAAUGACUGAAACUUUUUAUGACUGCACAUUGUUUCAUUGUUACAUUGUACAAAAAGUAAAGCAAUGUUUUACAACAGCAGAAAUAGCUCACCCUGAAAUUUAUCAAACAAAAAUGGAAUAAAACAUUUAUUAUUUUUCAUAGAUUCAUAAUAAAAUCGUAUUCACCUAGGCCAACAUCAUGUACAUGGACUAUUUUUGUUUGUUGUGUUUUAGAUAGUAUCAAUCCCAUUUCACUACAGUACUAAAACGAUCUCAUCUCAGAUUUUAAAAUUUUGCUUUGCAAGACCCCAACGAUAUCCAGGGAAACAUUGCAGUUUGGUUGAUGGAUCUCUGGAUGUCUUACUUUAUAGUAAUAUUACUAUGAUUUAGUUUUGUACCAAGGCUGAACAUGAACCAUGUGUGUACCAGAAAACAGUUCCAUAAAAGCUGUAUGACUGACAUUAAGGGCACAUUUUCUUGUCUUAACAUAUGUAAAUAAAACACCAAGUGUGUUUAACAAGAA